CCGCUCCUUCCCCGCCCCACCGUUCACCACCCCACCCCUCCACCAUAAAAGAGAGAGCCAUGGCCCCCAUCUCUGCUCGAAGUUCCAUCCUUCACCUUCUGCGAACGAGAACUUCGUCCCUCGCUACUCCUCAACAUUUGCGGCUUCCAUCUCCACCACCACAAAAUGCAUCUGCACGCCGGAGCUACUUGUUGCUUCGUACAACAUUGAACCCAAAGAACCCGCCGCUGCUACCCAAAAACCUGCCGGCACCCCCGAACACCAUCAUUCUCCUGACGAGUCCGGACGCGGCAUCAUCCCUUACCGCUCCCGCUUUAUUCCCGCUCACCAACGACUCAACCGUAACCCUCUUGUCAGCUUCGGUGGACUCCCUGCCCGGCAGCAAAGGCGGUAAUGGCUCGCGUGUGACCGGCUACAGCUGGUUGAUUACCGACCAUUCAUUACCGAUCAGGCUUCCUUCUUCCCAGAAGCUCAAAUCACUUACCUUCUCCCUGCCCAAUGCGAACUUCACGCUCGCGCUGGCAAACACUGUGUUCCAGAACGGCCAGGAGUCCACGGUGGUGCACAUGAAGGCCACUGCCCGGCCCAAGUUGAUCGAGGCGGCCGUAGGCAUCUCUGACCCGGAAGUGGAUGAGUUUGCGAAUGCACAGGAAGAUAUCAAGGAGGCGUGGCAGGAGCUCGGUGACCUGAUGAAGAUGGUGGGCGUGAAGAGUGGCAUCGUCAUCCCGAACCCUGUUCCCUCAGAUAGCGUCGAGAUCCAGAUCUCGGACGAGGUCCUCAAAGACGGCCCUGGCAGUGCGUCGGGGAAGAUGUACUCCCAGAUGCCGUUGACCCCACUUACAAAGCCGCGCAAGAUCACUGAGGGAAUGGGUAACAUCCUCAGAACUCUAGAGGGCCCAGACGGCGAUGGCGACGAGGCCGCCAGUCGUGAACUUGAAUCCGCCGUGGAUAAGUAUCUGGACAGUCUGCCGGAAGGCGUAGACACGCCGGAGAGGGUCGAUGUCUUCGCGCGGCUGACGACGCAAGAGCCAUCCUCGGACGUGACGGAGCUGCUAUUCCAGCCGGGCGUGCGUCUGCACCGGGUACUUUCUGGCGGCGGCGGCUGGGGCUCCAAAGCGGGGCUGCUAUCGCUCGAUCCGCAGAACGAGCGUGAUGUGUCGCAGUUCGCGCACGAGUUUGAGGCCCGCUUCGAUGGUGACGCGGAUUAUGUCCACGAUGGCAUCGUCCAGAAGGGACAGUGGAUACAGUUCUUCAUCGCUGAGAAUGGUGCCCCCGCUGAGAACGGCUUGCAGUUCGGCGCCGUCGGGAAGAUCGAGGAUGUUCGCAGGGUCGAGAAUGAUGGAAAAGAGAGGACCAUCGAUGGCUGCUUUGGCGGCGCGAGCGAGUGCGGCGUCGACGUUGCCAUCGCCGGCAAGCUGAGGAGAAUGGAUGUUCCCGGCGGCGCGGUCAUUGUCGAUGUCUAGAUAGAUAGAGAUCUUUCUCCUGUACAUCUACACCCGUUUACCGCGUCUUGUCUUCUAUGACCUUUCCGCCGAACGCGUUGGUCAAAUGUAAUAACAGUGUAUCAUGUAUUGUACUACGAGCACGAAUUGUCAUGAAUUACAUACUCG